AUGGUUGGGAGACUGACGGUAACUGCCAAUUCUAACACAGUCAACCAUGGAUCUACUAAUCCCACGAGGAGCAGUAAUGUUAGCAACAACAAUAACACUAGUGGUGGAAGACAUAAGGUACCCUCCCGGGUAUUUGCUAUGAGUGGAUCAGAAGCUACUGCCUCCGACGAUCUGAUACAGGGUAAGUGUUUAAUUGUUGAUAAACUGCUAUAUGUACUCUAUGAUUCGGGUGCCACACAUUCAUUCAUAUCUCAUGCAUGUGUGGAGAGGUUGGGGUUAUGUACAACGAAGUUACCAUACGAUAUCGUGGUGUCUACUUCGACUAACGAGCCUGUAAUCACCUCUCGGAUGUGUUUGAAGUGUCCUAUAAUUGUUGAGGGUCGAUCUUUUAUGGCGAAUUUGAUUUGCCUAACUCUAGCUCAUCUUGAUGUGAUAUUGGGAAUGGUCUGGUUAUCUACUAACCAUAUCUUUCUAAACUGCAAAGAGAAGAUGCUAGUAUUUGGUGGAAAUGUAAUUCCAAAUGAACCAUUGAAGGAGAAUGCUGCCAACGAUGAAGUGGAGGACGUUCGAACCUACAUGGUGUUGUUCUCCAUGAAUGUGGAGGAAGUCUCUGAAGUUAGCAGUAUACCGGUGGUGUCAGAAUUUCCAGAGUAUUGA